UAAAUUGUUAUUCUGAUAAAAAUUUGAUUUAGACAACAUAAUUUUAAAUUAAUUUAGGACAAAAAAAACAGGGAAAAAUCCCCAAGAAAUGCUUACAACAACAUAUGUAUGUGUCGACCAGGUGUGCUUCCAUGGCAACAGCGUAAGGUACGAUGACACAAACAGAGAGUUAAGGGAUUGUUUGCGUCCGCUCUUCAAGUCAAGUGUCACAGUUUAUUCUACUAUCAAAAAAGCUGAAAAAGAAAGCACAGUUGACAAGUUCGACAAGUACUAUGUCAGUGGAGGGACAAUUUUUUUUGUCCAUUACCGGAUCCAUUGAGCAUGCGGAAUUCUAUGAGGCCGAUAACGUUUAUUGCAAGUACCGUUUUCAUUUCGGCCCGGAAUGGAAUGUAGUCACGGGAAUCGAAGAGGGUUUGACGCAAAUGUGCAAAUGCAGUAACGAUCCGAGGAACCUCGUCGUUUGGAAUUUUCCCCUGGAUAUUACGUUCAAAAGUACAAAUCCGCACGGAUGGCCACAACUUAUUAUGUUGAUCUACGGAUUGGAUUGGUUCGGUCGUGACGUCAUUAGAGGAUACGGAGUAUGUCAUUUACCUUUGAAAACGGGACAUCACGAGAAAAGGGUUUCCGUCUACGUACCGGAGUCCUCGUCCACGUUGCAACGUUUCAUGGAGUGGUUAACCGGCAGGAGACCGGAAUUAAUUGAUCCCGCCAUCCUAGCAUCCGGAGGCGGCAGAGAACUCACACGCAUGAGAGUCGAGGGAGUCGUUACCUUAACGUUCAACGUCGUUUUGAAGGAUUUGUUCAAGUUGGGUUACGACAACGGCGAGAAAUGGAAGAAAUGAUAACAGGAUCGUUAAACUUCCUCGGCUCGAAAGAGGAUUACUCUUGCCGUGCGGGAUCAUCUUAUCAAAGAGAUGUCGACGGUGAAAUAAGAGAUACAGCUCCAUUUUCGGCGAUAAUAAACACCUUAAGGAGAGAAAAAGAUCGAGAAAAGGGAGAAAUGCGGAAGAGAGGAUGGAUUAACCCUUUACGAGGGAUUUAUUAAAUUUGACGUGGUUCUAA